AGGGUGAGUUUGGAAGAACGUGUGCGAAAGUGCUUUAAUAAAUAAAGAACCUGGCCUCUGCUAUAGGUUUGCGUGUUGGAAUGUGUGACUAGUUAACAUUAUUUGUACUUAUUUUAUGAAAAGUAGCUAGUUUGCUAUUGAACCAAAGCAAAGAACUGAGAAACCCACAACAAAAGUUUAAUGUCCAGGAUCUUUGCGUUGUUUAAUUUGGAGAUAUUAGAAAACGGCCCUGUGUUUGGAAAAUGUCUUCGGGCUGUCAGAAAACCACUACUAGCAAGUCCAUUCCGACCAGAUGGGUGACUAUAAACGAGGCGGCGCACAUGCCCCACGACUACUCCACAACUCCUGGAGGAACUCCGUUCAGUAUAACUCCUGGAGGUACAAGAAUUAUCUACGACCGGCAGUACCUGCUGGAGUGCCGCAGUUCCCCGCUGGCCAGGACUCCCCCGUACUCUCUCCCUGACAUUCCAGGGGUCACCAGCCCACACUCAAAACACAUCAUCAAUGUAAAUGCCCAUAAUGGAGAACCACUGAACAACAUCGCAGCACCUGCUGACAGGAGUGCUGGGGAUGAUGCACAGUUUGAAAUGGACAUCUAACUGCUGGUGAAAUGAGCAUUCUACUUCACAUACUACCAUGAUGCUAAAGAAGAGGUCCAGCCAAUCCCCUGUCCAGACUCGCUACAAUAUUGUCACCCUGUGUUUACAGAUGUGUCCAUUAGUUGAUGUGUGUUAACCUUCAAUACCAGUGGUGUGUGUUAACCUUCAAUACCAGUGGUGUUGUUACUGUGAACACUGCUCAAAGGUCGUCUGUUGCCUUUCUCUUGUGAACCCAGCAACAACACUGAAAACGACUGGCGUGGUGUGGAGGUAAUGAUUCAAUACAAUUGUUUUCAUUCUUUAAAAUGAUUUUGAUACUCAAAUCACCCUAAUCAUGGGCUACCCACUCUUCACCUCUCUUCAAAUACUGCCUUCAAAAAACGUUACAUUUUUACAGAUAGUCAUACAAAGGAAUGUUUUUGUCACCUUUUUAAGUUUUGAGACAAAAUAAAUAAAUUUUCACAUGGUAUGUAAGAAGAAGAAGAAAUAAAGCAAAGAGAACAUAUAUUUGGUAGUAGACUUGUUUCCUAAAAAAGUAACCUGUGUGAAUAGAAUGGGUAUGUGUAUUCCAGAAUCACAGGAUAGCUUCUGU